AUGUCCACCGGCCGGGGGAGGACGUUCAACCCGUUGCGGUUGCUGCUUAGCCCCAGCCAUCGCCAUUUCUGCACCACCCAUGUCGACCAUCUCCCACUGGUCAUCGACGUCCUCGACUUGCCCACUCCCGAUGGGCGCGCUUGGCCUCCGAUGAUGCGGCCAUCCUCCGACCACCCUCAGCACAGCGCGUCUGCUUUACACAACAUGGUGGUUGUUGUGUCUGGUCUCUGA